AUGGACACUUGCAUUCUGCACCAGCCAAGCAGCCGAGUGCUAAGCGAGACGUCCAUUGCGAACGUUGUUAGUCAGCGCGACAGCUCCUUUGGUGACACUGCUGAGGUCCCCGGUGGGUAUGCCACCCAUCGUGAUUUCCAAUGGUCUAGCGGUGUUGCAGUGCAGGCAUCACACGCAUCAGUCGAGGGACAUUAUCAAGAUGUCGAACAUUGGCAUCAAGAAGACCAAGUGCACGCAAGCCACGGUUCGACUUUGUGUUUGGACAGAAAGAGAAACCGACACGAGGUAUGCGGUCUUCGUAUUCCCGCUUCGAUGCUUUCUUCGGCCGCACGUACCAACGCGGCUGUUGCCAAGAUGUCGUCGCGGGUCGCGCUAUACCAAGCGUCCAUGCAGGACUGGUUCAUUGACCACGAGAAACAACAACGUGAGAUUCGUCGGACUCGGCAGAUAAAGUACAGGCAAAAACAACAAGACAACAUGGCAGCCCUGGAAGACAGCAUUCAUCAGAUACAGCUUGACAUUUCCAAGCUCGAUCAGCGUCGUCGGGCGUUCGCCACAGCUAUUCCGACAGAAAUGACACUUUGGAACGUUGCAGUGGACUACUUUCGUUUGUUCCGCUUCGGGCGUCAACCUAUCGAGAGGGCAGAAAAGUUGUCGACUUCCCCGAUGAGUACACCUAGCGUCCAGCUCGACUUUCUGCGCUCAACUAUGGCUCCAGACGUUCUGUAUAACGACGGAAGUGGUGUUGAGGCGAUCAUGAGUAGCUGGAAGCACUUUUCGCUCUGUUUUCGAGACGCCGAGGUUGAUCUAACUGGCUUGGAGAAGAGUGGCGUCGAUACGCUGAUUGCCAGCACUACAACCGCGUUCUGCAUAGACCAGCAGACGCUCACCCGUGUCUUUCCACACUUAUGCGGCGAAGGUGCAGGUCGCGUCGAGCUCCAACUUGCUGACAAGCUUUUGGGCCGAGCAGUUGUCAUGCGUGGCUUGACGCGAUUCGAGUGGGACAUUGGGUACGGUCGUGUGACUAGAAUGACCACCGAAUCGGACUUGCUGACGCCAAUGCUCGAGUUGCUAGGUACGCUGGAAGAUGUGGUGCUGGUGUGUGGAAAGGCUCUAGUCUCAUUGAAUCUGAACUGA